CAAUACUUUCACUGUAUCAUUCCACUGAUGUAGACACAGCCUUAAUAAAUAAAUAAAUAAGAAAUCCGCAUUCUGUUAUAUUGGUCUCACCCUUUAAAUGCAGAAUGGUCACACAGCAACCAUUUAGUGCCGGAACCUGUAUGAUGUGUGCAGAUAAUCCUAGUGCAUACCGAAGGUGGUGAGCGUAAACACUUCUAAGAAUCCCUGCACCUUUAUGUCUGGGAUGAUUGUGACAUCAUUUCCUUUUCGUUAUUUUCCAUCAACCCACAAUUGGAAAAAUCAAACGGCUUGUCCUAGCGCCUAAUCGACAUUAAAUGCUGUAAUAUGGCCUCAAAUAGCCCAUAAUUUUUAUUUCUCUUUGACAGAAAGCCGUUGGUAAAUAUGGAAGAUGUGGGUGUUUUUUUCCUCCCCAGCUAGAAGUUUUGCAAUGAAUCUGAAACGUUCUAAACCAAUAGGAAACCAUGAAAAACCAAACUGCCAGCACUAGUACUGAAACCUGCUUUUAAAGCCAUCGAAGUUUCUGUGGUUCCCCCAUUUUCUCAGUAAGAAUAAGCUACGCUGCAUUUGGAGCUUUAUCGCACUUACUGGGCUGCCCUCUAGUCAGCUCUCACUUUGGCCUCGUUCAGGGAUGAUACGUCGCGAGAACUUAAACUCGGGCUCCCAGCCGCUAUGAAAAGCUUUCCUAGUGCGGCAGGUGUGGUUAUGCAGUUUGCAAUUUGAUUGUCCCUCAUCAUGCUCUGGAAAUCGAACCUUGCACAAACUUUCAGACUUGUCACAUUUAUGUGGUUGUUGUUCAUACUGGCCAUGAGAUUUUAAUCACAGUCCUUAACACCAAAUUCCAUCCAGGUUUGAAAUUUCAGCUACACUGAAAGUAUCUGAAAUAUAUAAUAUGGUCUAGUUUGCCUUUCAAUGUGGCCAGGCCCUACCUGCCCCCCUGCACUUCCUGGGACUGGCUCCAUGCACACUGUACUCGCCUGUGUGUGCCCCCUGCACACUGCACCCCUGUGCAGUGUGCAGUGAUGGAUGGAUAGUCUGUAUUCUUUCCAGUUUAGUAUCUUCAUCUUUCUGGGGAAAAGACAGGCUAUAGCAGGCCUGUAUGUUUCUUCUCCUACUCACUCCUUCUCUUGCAUAAGCUUAAAGGGAGGAGUCAAUGUCUGAUCAGAAUCAGUGACGUUUAGCUGCUUAUCCAGGACUGUUUCCUCUGAAGCCACUUAACAGCUGUAGCCUCGGCCCAGUGAUUUACUGGAGCAGAUCUGCUAAGUGGCUCUGCAUAUCGGCAACUUAUCUCCACACGAUUCAUGACAUCAGCCACCUACAGACUUUCAGUGCUAUGUAACACAGGCAUUAAGUAUUAAUUUCUAACAUACAUAUCUGGUUUUGGAAAAUUGCAGUAAGUACUGUGCACGGUUUUCCUGAACAGCUGUCUGUAAUAAACCCAGCCUUAAACACAAACUGAAUGUCACCCAAAUGCCUGAACGAAACUGAACAGAAACACGGCCUCUUAAAAUGAUUUCUAAAAGCAAAAUAAUGCUUACUUCUGACCUCUAUGAUAUUAGCCAUUAUGCCAUUUGGCAUUGGACCCCUAGAGCACUGUUUCCCAAUCUGGUCUUGGGGGUCCCAAGACAGUCCAGAUUUUUGCAAAAAUGUCGACUGUAUGACAAGGAGCUGGAAGGGAGCAAAAACAUGGACUGUCUAGCCGUCCCCAAGGACCGGAUUGGGAAACACGGCCCUAGAAGUUUAAUUUGUCUUAUUUCCUCUCUCUCUACUUGUAUUAGGAUGAACUCGCGGACGAUUACGUCACCCACGUAGUAUGUAAAUUGCUUAGAUGGUUUGAUUACUUAAAAUUCAGAUACAUCGUCCAUGAUUCACCCAUAAUAUUAUUGUGCCAAGGUUGAACUGUAUAAAUGUGUUUUUUGCUGAUUAUUUGUAUAACUUAUUUUUCAUGAGUAACUUGUUUCUUAUAAAAGGGGCCAGGAUGCUGAUAGUCAUAAAAAUUACUGUCCUGGGAAACUUAUUCUGUUUAAAGACACUUAUCCUGUUGUUUCUAACUUAUGGGAUGCUUAAGCUGUUAAAAAGAUGCUCACCUUGUGAUUCUCUAAGGUGUUCUUCCUGAGGAGGAGAAUAAGUGGUUCCAUAUGUUGCACUGGCAAGAUGCUUAUCUCGUCCUCAAGGAAAGGGGAGGAUUGGUAUGAGGGACACUUAUCUUGUCUUUAGGAAACAGAAGACCUUAUCUUGUUUAGUAGGGUUGGGAAGGCAUUAAGCAAGCAGUAUUACCUGGACGGAAGUGGGAAUUGGGGAACGCAUUGCCUGGGGGAAGGGGUGAGCCUGGCCAGCUUGUCACCUGCCCACACGCAGCGCCCAAUUUAGUAUGAGAAGGGGGGAAAACUCGGUACUGACCAGAGCUCAGCCGUGGGGUAAAGUGCGCAUCGCCCGGCACUUUCUCGGAACUCACGUGUUGGUCUGCUGCCAGGACUGAAAGGGCUCCCCAGUCCGCGUGUGAAGGUGGGUGAUGAGGGCACGUCUGAGUGUAAAUAGCUUUGCAACUGCUUAUGCCUUUCAUUGAUUCUUGCAAGUAAUUAUCACCGCCUGUGAUAAUAUUUCGUAACUUCUUUUUGUUUCCUUGCUUCUUUUAUGUUUCAUUGCUUCUUUUCUACAUAUAUAUUCGUAUCUUUGCAUCUACUAUUAUUAGCUAUAAUAUAUAUAUACUAGGCCCUGUGGUGGACUGGCGGCCUGCCCAGGGUGUACCCUGCCUCUCGCCCGAUGAUGCUGGGAUUGGCUCCAGCUUCCCCGCGACCCAGAUGGAUAAAGCGGUCCUCCACAGAGUUCCUGAAGUGCCAAGGUCUAAAGACACCAUGUCAAAUAACUCCACUGUGCACAAUUGCACCAUUAAACAGGAGAACUAUGUGUUUGUGGCUGUAUAUUCUUUGGUCUUCCUUACCAGCCUGGUCCUAAACUUGACUGCCCUGGUGAUCUUCUUCUGCUCAGCCAAGUCUCGUUCCCACACCACUGUCUACAUGACCAACCUGGCACUGGCUGACCUGUUGCUGGUCUUAACUCUGCCAAUGCGGAUCUGUUAUCACCUGGGAUAUGAGUUGCCAUCUUUCCGCCUGUGUGAAAUUAUUGGUUUGGUCCUCCUGGUCAACAUGUAUGGUAGCAUCUUCCUGUUGACAUGCAUGAGCUUUGAUCGUUGCAUGGCUGUCUGCUUCCCCAUGUCACCCCGUGUCAAGGAGGCCCGGAAGAAGGCCCCGUUCGUGUGUCUUGGCGUCUGGAUGCUAACCAUCGGGGCUAGCCUGCCCAUAUACCUUCCCAAAAUGAUAAAGAACCAGGAGCCUAACUCUAUCUGCUUUGGGAGUUCCCCGAUUUAUGCCACUCAGCCUGGGGCUGUGGCCGCUACGCUGACCGUCGGCUUCACGAUUCCCCUCACCACCAUGCUGGUCUGCUCCUGGUUCAUGAUCCGCGCCAUUGAUCGCAGCACCGUGGCCCAGAUGAAAAUGAUCAACAGCCAGAAAAUCCAGCGCAUGGUCACUGCCAACUUGACGGUCUUCCUGGUUUGCUUCCUGCCGUACCAUCUCCUCCUGGGCUUGCUCUCCAAAUACUCCAACCCCACCUUGUGUACUGCCUUCCAUCAUAGCUUCUUGGUGGCCUGCCUCAAUGCUAGUCUGGACCCGAUCGUCUACUACUUCACCACAGAGACCUUCCAAGACAAAGUGGACAUAGAAAAUGUCUGGAGGAUGUUGCCUAAACAUAAUCACAGCUCUGACAAAAAUCAACAGUCUGAGGUUCCUCUUAAUACCUAAACCCCACUGGUAGAGUCCAGACUUCUCAAUUAUGGCUGGGGGACAUAUUGAAUAUAUUUGAUGCAUCACGGCUUAUAAUUCAAAUGCUAUAAUUCAGUACUGUACAUAAAAUACAGCUUAUUGUAGGUUUGCCGCUGCACUUGCCCGCCCAUUCCAGUCUGACGACUAUCCUAAGCCAAUGUCUGUGACACAUACAAAUGACACGUGUGUUUUUGUAUCUGGGAGGAAACCAGGGAGCUCCCAUAACAGGGGUGCCCAAUCCUGAACCUGGAGAGGUACAGCCCUAAUUUAACACACCUGAUAAUCAGGCACUUCAGUAGCAGCUCAGUAUUAGUCAGCUGUGUUGAAGCUAAGCUGGUUCCCAUACUGAGGGCCUGAUUAUCCUGAUUAUCAGGUGUGUUAAAUUGGGGCUGUACCUAAGCUCUGCGGGGUGGUGGCUCUCCUGGAGCAGGACUGGGCAGACCUGCCCUAUAAGGUCACAGUGGGAAAACAUCUUUUGAAAUAGUUUUGCAUUCCCUCGCAAUACUUAUGCAUUACUAAUGAUAACUGUACUGGGUCCAUUUAACCUACAAAAGAUAGAAUUAAUACUGAUAAGUAUAUGCCUAAAUGAUACAGACAUGUUCAUUUAAGUGUUCUUUAAGCAUUAAAAUAUAGCGGAUAAUGCACACCAUGUGACUUAUAUAUUUGUGUUUUUAUGAUUGCUACUUGUUCCGGUUCCCGCAAAAUUAAUACUCUUUCCUGGGAGACUAGUUGUCCUGGUUUUUUGUGAAAAUGUCCAUUUCAUUUAGAAUUUCGGUUUUAAAUAAAACCUCUCUUUGUUUCUUUCUA